UCAUGUGACGGUGAAAUAGGAGAAGCUGUUGUCUCCGAGUCUGUUCUUAGUCAGCUCUGGCUCUUCACACUCGACUAACUCUCUAAGCAGACUGCCCGCAAUGCUGUCUGUGAUCAUAAUCUCAUGCCUACUGGCUUUUGCCUCUGGUAAACCAUGUAAUACUGAUGGAUCUAACAGUCAGCUGCACCUGUCACUCAAUAAGAAUCUCCUUCGCUCUCUGGAGACGCAGCAAGGACUCCCCAAUCCCAGUGUCCACUUGGCAUUACGCCUUUCUAACACCCACAACCACGCUAAGGAGGGCGCACACCUGGAUAAAUUAAAAAAUAAUUUGCACAAUGACAUUCAAAGCUCUCUCUCUAACAGCCAGUCUGUGGUCGGCCUCAUGGCGCUGUACACUCUGGCUCUGAAGUCCUCCUGCUACGACCUCAACACAAUCACCUUCACUGUCAGUGAGAAGAGCGAGACGCUGCUGAUACACCUGAAGAAACAGAUGGAACUAGAAAAAGAGCAUAUUGCCUUAAGCCACCGCCCUUUGACCAACUAUUACCAGUACUCUCUGGGUGUGCUCGCUCUGUGUGCGAGUGGCAUCAGGGUCAAUAACCAUGUCAGCAACAAGCUCAUCAAGGCAGUUGAACAUGACUACUUCAAACAUGGAGAGUCUGAGAGUAUUGAUACCUAUGCCAUGGCUGGGAUGGCCCUCCAGUGUGUGAAGGAAGCUGGUUUUCAUGGGCAGAACGCUGCUGAGCUCGACACAGCCCUUAACAAGAUCAAGCAGAAGCUCUUGGCCGCCCAAAGGUCUGACGGUCAUAUUGGCAAUGAGUUCAGCACAGGCCUCGCAGUUCAAGCUUUAUUGGCAAUGGGCAGCCAAGUUGAAGAGUGUGCUGCCUCAAUGGAGGCCAUGAGGACAGACGCCAGAAACAACACAUACCACAACCCCAUGGCCAUAUCUCAGAUCCUGCCAGCUCUCCAUCAGAAAUCCUACCUGACUGUUAAAAGCAAGCAGUGCCAAAAUGAGGACAACACUCUGGUGCUGGAGCCCGUAGAUCCUGUGGUGGUUUUGCCAAGCAAGACCAAAGUGAAUGUGAAGGUGAAGGUGGUGGUGUCCAGCGGAGCAACUGCUCUUUACAGUGUGGAUGCACCAGUGGGCAGCUCUCUGUUGGAGGUUCUUGAACUUCUCAAGGGGGCAAAUGUCAACUUCACGUUUGAGAAGGAGUCCAGCCUGUGGGGACCUUUCUUAAGUGUAGUGAAUGGAGAGCAGGCCAGACAGAGCGACCGCAGAUACUGGAAGCUCUCCUCUGAUGGCGCCGCACUCAGUGAGGGUGUCAACGAUUUCAAGAUUAUGACUGCUCAAAAUAUCACCAUCACAAACACCAGCUACUGAGAGUCAUGCUGAUGCACCAGUGAUUAAUGAGGAUCAAAACCAGUUCAAUCUUAAGUCUUUUUCUAAGUGAACAUUUUAACUUGUCUGAUGCUAUAAAUUGUCAUAGUGGUUUCACUGAAUUUUUGCAUUUCAAGUAGAUUUAAAGCUUGAACAAAAGUGUAAUUUAGAACUAAUUGAACAGACUUUGCUGUGAACUUUACUGUUGUAAAGCCUUUUUUAAAACAAUGGAUUAUUAAUUGAGUGUGAAAUUUUUAUUAAAAUGUCCUACAAUGCGUGAUUGCACUUUUUUUUAAACAAAUAAAAAAGUUCUAAUGGACUUUUUAAAUAAA